AUGGGAGAUGUACAUAAUUUACGCAUUGAUAUGAUAUCUGAUUGUAGACAGCGGGCUAUAGUUAGCAAAGAGCCUGAUCUUGAUCAUUCACAAACCUUUAAAUCAAUUUGUAAUACAGUUAUAAAUAAUCGAAUUCUAACAGAACAAGAAAAGGUGUAUUUAAUAAAUGAUUUAAUUAUAAUAAGAGAUUCACAAAAUGUAAUUGAAAAUAUUGGUGAAAAACGACAAUGCAAAUAUUGUAAUAAUCAAGUCAUUGCUUUCCUCUAUUGUGAAUUUUGUAUUCGUAAUUAUUUGAAAGAGCGUUUUAGUAAAUGGAAUACAGGAGAUGAUAAGUUAGAUAAAUUAAUAAGAGUUUGUCAGCUUAACGCUGUAUCUCCAUCAAAUAUUAUAGAGUGGAUUCCAUAUGAAGAAUUUACAGAUGUUCAAAAGAUAACCAAAGGUGGUUUUUCUAUAAUAUAUACUGCAAUAUGGAAAAAAGGUCCAUAUAAAAUGUGGGAUUUCGAACAACAAGAGUUAAAAAGAGGAGAUGAAGGCACUUAUAUUCUUAAAACUUUAGAAUCUUUAGAAAAAUCAUUUAAAGAGAUUGAAACGAGUAUUACUGUUGAACCAUUUUAUCAAUCUCUUGUAAGGUGUUAUGGAUUAACUAGAGAUCCAGAAACCAAAAAUUUCAUGCUCAUUCUUCAGAAAAUGGAUUUCGAUUUAAAACAGUUUCUUUGUAAAAAUCCUGAAAUAGAUUGGAAAAUUAAAUUUAAAAUGGUUCGAAAUAUUUCUAAUAGUGUUAGAAAAUUGCAUAAUAAAGGGAAAAUACAUAAAGACUUACAUUUAAAAAAUAUCUUAGUAAAUAAAUAUAAGCAUCAUUGCGUAGUUAGCGAUUUUGGUCUUUGCGGCAGGCCUAUCUCAGAGUUAGAGAUUGAAGGAAAAAAACAAGAUAUAAUUAAUAGAACUCAAUCUGAAUAUCCUGAUUAUGCAGAUUUGAUGAAUAAAUGCUGGGAUGAGAAUCCAGGAAACAGACCUGACGCUAAAACAAUUAUGAACAAAAUGGAGGAUUUUCUUAGAGAAAUUUAUAAAUUCGAUGGUGUCGAUCGUGAAUUAAAACUUAUUCCAAUUAUUUCUAAACAAUCUAGAAAAUGGGAAUUUUUGAAAAAUUACGUAAGGAAAAUUAUUAGAAAGUGGAGAGUUUUGAAAAAUAUUAUAAAGAGUUUUCAAGUAAUAGAACCUUUAACAAGGUCUAUUCGUACGGAUCCGUCUUUACCUUUGGAACAAGAUGAACAAAGCAUUUCUGAUAAUGCAUCUUCAAUUUCUGAACAAGAAAAAAAGUAUUCUGUAGAUGGGAUUUCUGAUCAAGGUCUUUUCUUGGAACCUUUAGUCCCAGAAAAUAAUGGAAGUCAGCAUAUCAUUCAAAAUGAAAAUACUUCAGAGGAGGAAUCAAAUUUAAUUAAUGACUACUAUAUAUUGCUAAAGUAG